CUUUCUCAUCUUCUUCGGCGAAUAUUCAUCUUCCAUUGCCUGUGGAACGUUCUUCUCCGCACUAUUUCAUUUAGAUUAAUCAUCGUCAUCCAAUAUCUGGAUAUGCUGAACGAUACCGUGUUAAAAAAUGUUUCAAAGAGGAAACUUAAACAUGGGUAGCGGAAGUGUCGGGGAAGUUCCAACGAUAUUUCAUCCCCGACGAUCUCGUGCACCAAGUAUAGUCCUUAGCGAGGAUCAACAGAACCAUGGUCCAAUUGCCAGUCCUAUUCAAGUUGUGCUAGAUUCGACAGGGUGCGAACAACAACAAGGCUGUAGCGUCGCCGGUGGUUGUGGUGAUUCAGCGUCCAGCUGUAGAUCAUUAGAAACAAGUGGUAGCGGUGUAGGUUCUGGGACCGGUGGUACUGCUGGUAUCGCUACUGGAAGUACUGGAGGACCUGGUGGUGGUGGUGGUGGUGGUGGUAGUGGUGGUGGUGGUGGUGGUGGUGGUGGAGGAGGUGGUGGUGGAGGAGGAGGUCAAGGACACGGUUCCUUAAAUCAAACUCAGUCUACGUGUAACGUGACAACACCAUCUGUAGCUUAUCAACAAUCCAGACCGAACAAACUCUCGGCCUGUUAUGCAUCCUGUUGUGCGGAGUCCGCGAAAAAAAUAUAUUUUGGUGUGUGCGUAACAAUAUGUGUGACGGCGAGCUGGGUUGGAGCAACCCACUGUAUAAAAUAUUUAUACUUUCAUAAACCAACGAGCCCUAGUUAUACAUCAGCAUCGAAUGCCUCCGUAACCGAGCCCCGUCAUCAGCAUACCGUGCUUCCAUACAACGCACCAUUCUUCACAACAUGGUUCUGCACUAAUUGGGAAGUAUUAUACUUUCCUGUUUACUUUAUAUGCCGUGCGGUUAGAACGAAAUGUACGACGCCAUCCGAAAUAUUGGCAGAAAGUCUUCGUGGAUUUCGUGACAAGGGUUUCACCGGUGGACGUUUCCUUGUUAAAUGUAGCCUAUUUUGUGGGCUUUGGGUUGUUACGAAUUAUAUGUACAUCUACUCGUUAAGGAUACUUUUGGCCACCGAUGUGAUGGCACUGUUCGCGACGAACGUUUCCUGCGUUUAUCUUCUCUCCUGGGUUAUCCUUCAUGAACAAUUCGUUGGAGUUAGGAUAGUGGCAGUGAUCCUAUGUAACACUGGGAUCGCUCUUCUAGCAUACAUGGAUGGUAUAACAGGGAGUCCCACAUUGGGUGGUGUAGUUCUAGCAACCACAGCAGCAGCCGGAUCCGCUGUUUACAAAGUGGUAUUUAAGAAGGUUAUAGGGGAAACGACAUUUGGUCAAAUGUCAUUAUUCUUUUCACUGAUCGGCCUAUGCAAUGCUGCCCUAUUAUGGCCGAUAUGUUUGGCACUUUAUUUCUCGGGUGCUGAAAGCGUGCAUUGGACACGAUUACCAUGGGCAGCUCUUUUAUCAGCCAGCAUACUUCAUUUAGUUGCAAAUAUGUUAGGAAACUUCAGCAUCGCACUCACAUAUGAUCUAUUCAUUACACUCGGUCUAAUAACGGCUGUCCCAGUGUCCGCAGCUCUGGAUGUCGUUCUUUAUGGAGCGCACUUCAUGGGCAUGAAGCUGGCCGGAAUGAUCUUCAUUGCUGUCGGCUUCUUUCUCGUGAUGUUCCCAGACAACUGGCCCGAUUACAUAACAAGACUCCUUCGAAACAUAGUCCUCAUGAGUCACAAUACAAGAUGGAGUAGAAGACAUAGGCACGGUAUGCCUGGCGGUACAUCCCGCGAUGUGAUAGAUUAUCGUACGGGAUAUAUAAAGUCUCAUCUACGUUCGCCAUCGGGAAGGGUUCGGUGACUAAUUGUAAGCAUUUUCUGAUUUACAAAAGCUUUUACCGAGCUCGAAGUUUCGAUCAUCGAAAUUCUCACGAAGGUAUUGUGAACGCAAUAACUUUAUAAUUAGAGAAAAAAUUUAAAAAAAAAAGAAAAAAAAAAAAGAAAAAAAACAGAAAAAAAGAAAAAUUUGAUUUAGCGAUAAGAUUUAUAACACACAAAUCGUCGUAUAUAUGUAUAUAUGUAUAUAUAUAUAUAUAUAUAUAUAUAUAUAUAUAUAUAUAUAUAUAUAUAUAUAGAUACAUACGUGAGAGUUCCAAAUAACUUAAAUUUAACUUAUCCUUUUAAGUUUUUCUUUCCGUUUCGAAAGAAAAAGCACAAGGCUUUUAUUAGACGCACUAUCCUUUCGUAUACACAAAUGUUAAAUAUCGAAUUAUCUGUCCGCUCUCUUGUUAUCAUAUUCUUUCAUUUAAAUACAUUGAUAUUAUUCGAUUAAUUCUUCUUAGUAUCGAAAAAGAAGAAAAAAAAAAAAAACAAAAAGAGAGAAAGAAAGAUAGAAGCAAUAAGAAUUUGUUCAAUUUUUCUCAUAUAUCAUUGCAACAAUUUUUCAAAUCAUUGCAAUUUUUCAAUCAUUGCAAUUAAUUUCCUCGUUACACUUUACACGAUUGCUUAUCGUUUAAUCAAGUACUAGUAUCGAAACAUGUACGAUUACAUGAAUCUUAUGAUCUCCUAAAAUGCCUUCUUUCUGAAAAGAAAAAAAAAACUGUAUAAUACAUAGUAUAAAUAACGCCAAUAAUUUUUUUUUUUUCAGAUAACAAUAUAAAGUUGAUUCGUUUAUUAUGAAAAUAACAUUGAAGAUAGUUUGAUUUAAAUUAUUCAUAAAA